AUGGGCGGCGGCGAUCUCAACUUGAAAAAGUCCUUCCAUCCUGCGCUUCGGCGCAAUCAACAGGCCGUCUGGGACGAGGAGCAAAAGGCCCUCGCCGAACGAAAACGAACCCAGCAGCGCCUCGAUGAGAUCAAAGAAGAGCGCGCAAAGGAGGAAGUGCAGCGCCAACUCGAGGCCGCAGGCGGCAAAAAGAAAGUCGACCGUGUAGAAUGGAUGUACCAAGGCCCCAACGACGGGCAGACUGGCACCACCGAAGAAACAGAAGCAUACUUACUGGGAAAGCGACGCAUCGAUAAUCUCAUCAAGGGCACCGAACACAAGAAAUUGGAGAAGGAUGCAGGCACCGAAAGCUUUAUGGCGCUGCAGAAUGCGAAUACCGCGCGCGACACAGCUGCCAAGAUUCGCGAAGACCCGUUACUCGCGAUCAAACGACAGGAACAAGCUGCCUACGAAGCCAUGAUGAACGAUCCGGCCAGGCGCCGCCAGCUACUCGCAUCGAGGGGUAUCGAUGAAGAGAAGAAAGACAAGUCACGGAGAAAGGAGGACAGACACAGGAGGAGACACCGCCAUCGUAGCGCAGACGGGGAGGACAGACAUCACCGAAGAAGACGUUCCUACUCGCGAUCGCAAAGUCCACGUCGACGUGAUGGCUCAAGAGAGGAUCGGCACAGACGACGCAGGGAUGAUAGCAGGGACAGACAUUCACGAAGACGCGACGGUUCCGACGAAGGGGGUAGACGCGACAGGGAUAACCGCAGCGGCGGAGACAGACAUCGACACGAUGGCGAUAGACGACAUAGCGACGAGCCUCGUGACGAGCGCCGAGACAACCGCCGUGAUGAGCGUCCGCGAGACAACAACCGCCAAUACUCAAGAAGAAGCUACCCCAGCGACCGUCGCCCACGCCACAACGAAGAAGAUGACAAGGCCAAGGAAGAAGAGCGACAGCGCAAACUAGCAGCUAUGCAGUCUGCAGCAACUGAACUGGACGUCGACAGGCAGGAACGCUUGGCUGAUCUUGAGAAACGGGAACAAGCUGCUAGAGAAGCAGAUAAUAAAGCCAGAGAGCGAGGUGGUGAUCGUGGAUUUGUGAAUAAAUUGCAUCAGCAAGCUGAACACAAGGGAUUGGCGGAGCGCAUGGGUGGAGCACGUCGUGGAUAUCAAAAGGACGAUGAUUAA